CGCUUCUCGGUGGUCCCCGUCAUUUGUCCUCGUGAGAUGUCUGAGACCGCUCCGGCGGCCGCAGCUGACACUGCUCUGGCUUCUAUGGAGAACCCUCCAGCUAAGAAGAGAGGGAGGAAGCCGGUGGAACUGUCAGGCGCUAGUCGCAAGGCCCCGAGCCUGUCCGUGUCCAAGUUGAUCAGGGAGGCUCUCUCCGUGUCCCAGGAGCGAGCAGGCAUGUCCCUGGUCGCGCUCAAGAAGGCGCUCGCGGCCGCCGGCUACGACGUGGAGAAGAACAACAGCCGCAUCAAGCUGGGCCUCAAGAGCCUGGUGAGCAAGGGCACCCUGGUGCAGACCAAGGGCACCGGCGCCUCGGGCUCCUUCAAGCUCAACAAGAAGGCCCUUCCUGAGACCACCAAGAGCAAGGUCAAAAGACCCUCUUCUGCAAAGGCAAAGAAGCUGGUCUUAUCUAGGGAUUCGAAGUCGCCGAAAGGUGCCAAGACCAACAAAGCCAAGAAGCCCAGGGCAACAGCAGCGCAGAAAGCGGCCAGGAGCGGCGGGAAGGCGAAGGGAGCCAAGGGCAAGCAAGCACGGAAGAGUCCGGGGAAAGCCAGAGCAGGGAAGCCGAAGGCCGGGAAGUCCAAGCUGAGCCAGCAGAAAACGAACCCGAGGAAAGUGGCGUCCAAGAAGUAAGCUGAAAGGAGCUCUAUUGUCAACCCAAAGGCUCUUUUAAGAGCCACCCCAAGUACUUUAAAAAGGGCUUGACACUGAACUUUUAGAAGCUUGUAAAUGUGUAAACAGUAGUGGUCUAUUAAGUAAAUUCUAUUGCAGGAAAUACUAAGGGUCUCGUCAGAUAAGGUGCUGUAGAUCGGCACCUUAAGGUUUCAAUAUUGGAAAAUCCUCGUGCCUCAUCUAAAAGCAGUUUGCGCACUGGAGUACCAGUACGGCACAUGGCCUUGUGUACCCGCCAUACUUCUCUGGAAAGACUAACGUGUUGGUCGAGGGAGGAGUGGAGAUCAGCUCGGCACAAACCUAGCUGACUUUCCAAGUGCUUACAUUCCAGUUGACCCUAUUACAUGGUGCCACUGUAACUAGGGUUUCAGAACUCACUGCACAGCUUUGUGGGUCAAUAAUAUAUAGGAAUUGUAACAAAAUUUGGAUUGGGGCAAUUUUAAAUCUUUGGAGUUUUCCAUUUAUUUUUUAAACAUUUAUUUGAGAGACCAAGCACCAGCAUGGGGAGGGGCAGAGGGGGAAUCAGGCUCCCUGCUGAGCGGGGAGCAGAGCUGAGCUGGGGGCUC